GAAAUAAUUCGGCUUGAGUGAUAAUGAGUGCAUGAGCAGAAGAUGGGGACAAAACGUCGAAAAAUACCUGAAGUGCCUAGUGCAGAUCCAGUGAAAAAACGAUCAAAAAGCACAAAAUCACAUUCCCAAGUAUCAAAUAGCAGUUUUAUUUGGAUUCUGAUCCUGUCAUCUAUUCCCUUGGUGUUGAUUUACGGGGCUUUUACCUGGUAUUCAUACUAUCUUUCAACUCUGGUUAUAGAGCCAUUUAGUGGAGAAAAUGUCAUUCAGAGUUCUCGUAAUACGCAAAAUAUAGAAUGGGGAACUUUCCGACCGAACACGUACUUCGGUAUCAAAGCAAAAAUGCCAAAAUCGCCUAUAUUUGGGUUGAUGUGGAUGCCUCAAUUUGGUGCGACAGAGAGGCCGCCCCCGAUAAGGCAUUGGUGUGAUCAAGGGGACGGUAUACUGAAGUAUGGCUGGACCAAACACGAUGGAGAAAACUUUGGACGACAAGAAAUAUAUGAUAAAUGGCUUGUACUUGUUACAGAUUUCGUUCGAGUUGAAUCUGGUUGGAAAGCUCGAGUUCGAGUGAAACCAAAGCCGGGUAUGGAACAAGGUGUCUUCUCGCUGUUCUUUUACGUAGCAAUAGAAAAUGAUGGAGAACUCCUUCUCGAUAUAAAUAAGAGAAAUUUGAAAUCUGUAUCUGGUCGAACUAAUAGUAUCGGUUCAUUUUCUUUAGAGUUCCCUACUGCGGAAAAUGUAAUACAUCACGACUACCUUGAAACCUUAACACCAGGCUUUCAUCAGUUAAAAGAAGGACUUAUUAAUGGUAUGGUUCUUAAGAAAUUCAGAAACAACGAUGAAAAGUAUAUAGCGUUGAAUGGUCUUGUUGUUCCGGAAGAAUUCCAAAAGUAUCCCAGGAAUUUUGUAGUCAAACAAUACACUUUUAAAGGUAGCUUUGAUAUGGAAGUUCACUUUCAAUCUAGUCCAGUCCCUAGUGAUGGAGAUGAAACAUUUGAUGAUAUUUUUAAUAAAUUUGCUACAAAUUUUGACAAGAAAUUCGAGGAAACAUUCCAACUUAAGAAAAAAAACUAUGAUGAUGCAAUGAUCAACUUUGCAAAAGCAACCCUAUCCAAUCUACUUGGUGGAAUUGGUUAUUUUCAUGGUUCAAGUAGAGUUAAAAGUAAACACGUUAAAGAAGAGCCUUUAGAUUAUUGGGAAGCUCCUCUGCUUACAGCGGUUCCAUCAAGAUCAUUCUUCCCAAGAGGGUUUUUAUGGGAUGAAGGUUUUCACAAUCUCGUUAUUUCAAGAUGGAACCCAGAUAUAUCCAAAUCAAUUUUAGGUUAUUGGAUGGAUUUAAUGAAUAACGAAGGCUGGAUUCCACGUGAACAAAUUUUGGGUGUAGAAGCAAGGGCAAAAGUACCCGAUGAAUUUGUUAUUCAGCACAAUGAGAAUGCAAAUCCCCCAACAAUUAUUUUGCCUUUGGAAUAUUUGAUGAAUUCUGGAUUUUUAGAUCAAUCUUAUCUUAAUAGAAUUUAUCCAAGACUAGUAAGAUGGUAUGAUUGGUUUAAUAAAACUCAAACAGGAGAUUUACCAGGAUCCUAUCGAUGGAGGGGAAGAGACGAGAAAACUAAAAGAGAGUUGAAUCCCAAGACUUUAACUUCUGGCUUAGAUGAUUAUCCAAGAUCUUCAAAUCCUUCAGAUAAUGAGAGACAUCUAGAUUUACGUUGUUGGAUGCUGUUGGCCUCUAAAGUUAUGGGAAAUAUUGCAGAAAAGAUUGAUAAGGAUGCAAAGCACUAUAAGGCAACGUACGAUUAUUUGAUGGAUGAAGAUCUGCUAAACAAUUUACACUGGAGUGAUAAAAUGAAAAGAUAUGCUGAUUACGGUUUACAUAGUGAUAGAGUGACUUUAGUUCGACCUAAGCCAAAACAACCCAAUCCUCAUGUACGACUUGAAAAAGAAAGAGUCUUCAAAUCUGAGCCUAAAAAUCAAUACGUUGAUAAAACCUUUGGCUAUUUAAGCUUAUUUCCAUUCGCAAUGAAAAUGUUUAAACCAGAUUCAGAUAAGUUACAAUGGAUAUUGAGAGAUUUACGAGAUGAGAAUUUGCUAUGGACCAAAUACGGAUUGAGAUCUCUUGCGAAGUCAUCUCCAUUGUAUAAGAAGUAUAAUACAGAACACGAUCCACCAUAUUGGAGGGGUGCCAUUUGGAUAAACAUGAAUUAUAUGGUUGUGAAUGCUUUACAUCAUUAUUCAAAAAUUGAAGGACCAUACCAGGAUUCUUCUAAAAAAUUGUAUUCUGAAUUACGUAAGAAUUUGAUAGAUAAUAUCUUCAAGCAAUACGACCGAAGUGGCUUUGUUUGGGAAAAUUAUGAUGAUGCAACUGGGGUCGGAAAAGGAUGUCAUCCUUUUACCGGUUGGUCAAGUCUAGUGAUAAACCUUAUGGGAGAAUUGUAUUAUUAGACUGUUGAAUCUUUGUUUUUGUAAAUUAAAAAGGAAAUGCUGUUUUUUUUUCAAGCUUAAAAAAAAAA